AAAAUACAAAGGAUAUCCUCGUGAUAUAUGAACAAGAGGCAGAAGAGUGGGCUCUGUAUUUAAAAUCGCUUUUUGAACACAUUGUGAAUGAGGAAGGAAUCUUAGUCUACAAUCUAGAGACUUUGUCUUUCAAGCAUCAGGAGCUAUUCUGUUUACCCUCUUAUAAAUGUAAACUCCUGAUACUGUCCUGUGGAGUUCUUUACUGCUUGAACAAAAGGAGAAGUGAUUUUCUGGAACAAGUUCUGAAACCUCUGGAUAAUGUGGUGAUUCUGCUUUGUGGGGUGGAGAAUUCAAAGAUUAUUUGUGAAAUACUGACCUUAUAUGGAGGCAUCAAAGAGAUUUCCACUCAUCAGAAACCUGGGGAGUAUCUCUCUGUUGUUACCAGAAUUAUUCAACCAGAUCACCAGACUAGCUCUGAUGUUAACCUGUCAGAUGUCAGGGGACCAUCAGAAAAAACAGACCUCAGUUUUAAAACACAGGUACUUUGUGAAAGAUCAGAAGAUAAUGAGCAGACAAUGUUGACUCCAGGAAGAAUAUCAUGUGAGAACCCUGGUGAAAUAUUCAUUCUGUUGAAAGAUAAAAUAGAUGAUGAAACAGAAAUUGAAUUCAUAGCAGACAAUCAAUGAAUUAGGACUCAGUCAGUCUCUUGGAAUGAGAGGAUCAAGUAUGUGAAAGCCUUAGAUUUUCCUGCUGGUCCUGUAUAUAUAAAUGUCUACUGUGGGAGAGUCAUUAAGACACAGAUCGAGUACUGUACUGCACUAGAGGAGAUUGAGCCCAUUUUAAAGAAAGUGGCUGACCCAAUAGCUUUCACUUGUCAGAGUUAUUUGGAAGAAUUUCCUACCCUCCUUCACUGUGCAGCCAUAUUUGGAUUAAAGAACCUUGCAACGUUUCUACUCUAUUGUCCUGAGGCCACACAGGCUUGCAAAAUAACCAGUAAAUAUGGAGAUGAUCCAGAAAGUAUUGUGGAGAAGCAUGGGCACGAGGAACUAAGAAAAUUAAUCAAAGAAUUGUCA